CCGCGGGAACCAAGGUAUAAAAGGGUUGACAAUAGACGUUAUAUAUAACGGGGCCAGAGAUGAACACUAUGAAUUCUACCACUUGGCAGAGGGUAGCUUUAACUACCUCAUCCCGAAGUAUAGGCACAUACCAGGAAACACGGCGUCAGAUGAGUCCUUGUUCUGGGCCAGGCAGAGACUGCAGUCUUGCCUUGGGCAACAUAAUGCGUGUCCGAACCAUGAGGAGACGAUUUUGCCAAGAAGGGUGCUCGACCUUGGUCUGUCUACCAACACUGACGAUUACACUGGAGAUCUAAAGCUGCGCCAGGCCCUAGACGAACGUUCACCGUACUUUUGCCUCAGCUAUUGCUAGGGUACUAGUCAUUCAUUCAAAACAACCUCGGCGACACUUGAAGAGUACUUAAAUAAGAUUUGUUAGUCUUCGCUUCCCAAAACAUAUCGCGAUGCUAUCGUGUUUACCCGUCGAAUGGGCGUUCGAUACCUUUGGAUUGAUUCGAUGUGCAUUAUUCAGGACAACCAGGAGGAUUGGGAAGUAGAGUCGGCAACUAUGUGCAGCAUCUUUCAAAACGCAACUUUGGUCCUUGUAGCGACAGCCUCGUCGGAUGCUCAUGGCGGUUGCUUCUCUAGCGUCCCGUUACACAGCUGGCAUCAAAAGGUUUGGGGAGAACCCGACGACGCAGAUCACAACGUGUACCUUCGUAAGCAAAUUAGACACGAACCAUUU